UACAGGAGAUGACCAGAGACUGCGGACAUAGUACAGGAGAUGACCAGAGACUGCGGACACAGUACAGGGAAUGACCAGAGACUGCGGACACAGUACAGGAGAUGACCAGAGACUGCGGACACAGUACAGGGAAUGACCAGAGACUGCGGACACAGUACAGGGGAUGACCAGAGACUGCGGACACAGUACAGGAGAUGACCAGAGAAUGCGGACAGUACAGGAGAUGACCAGAGACUGCGGACACAGUACAGGAGAUGACCAGAGACUGUGGGCACAGUACAGGGGAUGACCAGAGACUGCGGACACAGUACAGG